AAAUAUUAAAAUAAGAAAACUGCCAAACCACAGCAGAACACCGGGGUCUGGGAAAAAAACUUCUGCAGGAAAAAUGUUUUAGUGUUCCUUUUAAAAGACAAGGUCUGCACUGUCAGUUCUGGAUAUAACUACAAACAAAAGAAUGUAUUUGCUUGAAAAGUUUAACAUUGGUUUCCGUUAGGUCAACUUCUCUAAAGCUGUAGAAGUAUACAAAACUAGAGAUGUAACAUGUGAUUUCCCUAAAGCUUUCUUAUUUAGCAUUGCAACUAGCUGGCAGCAUCGGUUCAUGGCAUCCUGAAGUUUCUUUAAGUUCCAAAGAACAGCACCCACUUCCCGUGAGAAAACAAGGAAAGACAGCGGGAUUUACCCUUUCAUUCCAACCUAAUUGUUAACAGGCACAAGAUUUAUUUUUGACAAGUUAGUGCAAUGGAACAAUAAGCAACGUCUCUAUGCACUGAACUUCUUUAAUACUUUACCAUCUUCUUAUCUGAAUGUACACAUUGGACUCUCUUCAGUAACUGUUUUAUUACUAGACAUGGCAAAUGACAAACCAGAUGUAGACUACUACAGCAUUGGAUACAUUGCAGUGGAGGCUGUGAUUGGAAUAACAGCGGUUUUGGGCAACAUUCUGGUCAUCUGGGCAGUGAAACUAAACCCAAACCUACAAAAUACAACUUUUUUCUUCAUCGUGUCUCUUGCAUUUGCAGACCUUUCUGUGGGCAUUCUGGUUAUGCCACUGGCCAUUGUAAUAAGCCUGGGUAAACAUCUGCAUUUCUACUCCUGUUUGCUAAUGUGCUGUCUAUUGAUUAUCCUGACCAAUGCCUCCAUCCUAUCCCUGCUUGCAAUAUCUAUUGACAGAUACUUAAGAGUUAAAAUACCCACAAGGUAUAAAUGUGUGAUUACCACUAGGAGAAUUUGCAUAUCGAUCUGGUGUGUCUGGAUUGUGUCUCUCAUAGUUGGGUUGGUGCCAAUGUUUGGAUGGAACAACAGAUCUGAAUUAAAGGGUGAAGAGAAAAACUACCUGAAGUGUAAAUUUGAAAGUGUUAUAGGGAUGGAUUACAUGGUUUAUUUCAAUACUUUCGGAUGGGUUUUUCUUCCCUUGCUGAUUAUGAUAGCUUUAUAUAUUGAGAUUUUCUAUCUGAUCCGGAAACAUUUGGCAAAAAGUACAGUCAAUGUCAAAGGCAAAGGAAUGUUUUAUGGGAAGGAAUACAAGACGGCUAAAUCUCUGUCCCUUGUGUUGUUGCUGUUUGCCCUUAGCUGGUUACCAUUGUCCAUUCUUAAUUGCCUUAUCUUAUUUAGACCAUCUAUAAAAGAUUCCAGAGGGUUCCAGCUUGCCCUUCCUAUAUCGAUAUUACUGUCUCAUGCCAAUUCUGUAAUGAAUCCCAUUAUCUAUGCUUAUAAAAUAAAAAAGUUUAAAGAGAGCUAUAAACAAAUUGUACAACAAUACAUCCUGCACAGAGCAACGUUCAUUGAUAAUUCAAGUGGUGAGCAUACGAUGGACGAAAUAUCUCAGGAUACUUAGCACCAUCCAAGACUCAUCCAAAAGAGCACAGAUUGAAUGCAGAAUGGAUACAGAAGGAUACAAUAUCAAUAAAGAGUCAUAAAUCGUCCUAUACCAUGUUGGAUUACACAAACUGGAAGUAAAUGUUUAAAAAAAUACAAUUAUAAAGAAAAGGGAGGUAUGUGAAUGUUAGGAGUAAAUGCAUACUGGUCCAGUAGAGACAAUUAUCUGACUUCCUGGGGGGUCUCUGUACAUCUAGCUCCUAGGGAUGUUAUGUUGUGUUAACACAUAGGGGGACAUUUGUUGACACAUAGAGGGUAACAUGUGUACGGGAAAAGUGAUGCAGUUGCACAUAGCAAUCAUAUUGCUUAUUUUAUUAAAAAAAAGAGCCUCUGACAAAUUAAAAAAGCAAUGUGAUUUGUUGCUCUGGAUAACUGCCCCAUUCUUCCUCUACACAGGUUUUGAUAAAUCUCCCCCAUAAUCGCUACAGGAAAUCACAGGCUGCAGUCAGUGGUCACGUCAUGUAGACUGCUUGUUCAGAGACCUGGUGGCACCAUGGAAUCUCCACGGGAGGUAAGUAUUGUGGUUUGUUUUGUUCGUUAACCCCUUAAGGACGGAGGGUUUUUCAGUUUUUGCAUUUUUUCUUUUUUCCUCAUCACCUUCUAAAAAUAAUAACACUUUCAAUUUUGCACCUAAAAAUCCAUAUUAUGGCUUAUUUUUUGUACCACCAAUUCUACUUUGUAAUGAUAUCUGUCAUUUUAUCCCAAAAUCUAAGGUGAAACGGAAAAAAAAAAUCAUUGUGCCACAAAAUGGAAGAAAAAAUAAUAUGUUGUAGAUUUUGGGGGCUUCCGUUUCUACACAGUACAUUUUUUGGUAAAAAUGACACCUUCUCUUUAUUCUGUAGGUCCAUACUGUUAAAAUGAUACCCUACUUUCCUGCUCUCCUUUCGUCCAUACUCUUCCUCCUUUGCCCCUUUAUUCUGUUCUCCUUCUUGCCCCUUCUAUGUGCUCCUUUUCUGCUCUCAACCCUUCCCCCCUUGUUGAAAAUAUUAUGCCCUUUAUUCCAUGUUUGAUCCUGUUUGAGUAUUGUAUGCGUUACCCGGACCUAGAUGGUCAUCUAUGUAUCCACAUUGCCUUUCAUUGCAUGCUCUAUAUAUGUCCAUGUGUUAUUUACUUAAUAAAACCUUUUUGAAUUGGGAAAAAAAAUGAUACCCUACUUAUGUAGGUUUGAUUUUGUCAUACUUCUGGAAAAAUCAUAACUACAUACAGGGACAUUUAUACGUUUAAAAUUGUCCUAUUCUGACCCCUAUAAGUUUUUCAUUUUUCUAUGUACGGGGCGGUAUGAGGGCUAAUUUUUUGCGCCGUGAUUUGACGUUUUUAUCGGUACCAUUUUUGUUUUGAACUGACUUUUUGAUAACUUUUUAAUAAUUUUUUAUGGAAUAUUUUUUGCGCGUACGCCAUUGACCAUGCAGUUUAAUUAACAAUAUAUUUUUAUAGUUCAAACUUUUACGCACACGGCAAUACCACAUAUGUUUAUUUUUAUUUACACAGUUUUUUUUAUUGGGAAAAGGGGGGUGGUUCAAACUUUCAUUUUUUUUUGCAAUGUUAUAGCCCCCAUAGGACUAUAACAUGCAGUACGCAGUACUUUGAUUCAAUACACUGAUCACUGCCAUUGCAUUGCAAUGGCAGGGAUCAGUGUUAUCAGCAGUUGAUUGCUCAAGCCUGGAUUUCAGGCGUGGAGCAAUCAAUCGCCGAUCGGACGUACAGGAGGCAGGUAAGUCACCCUCCUGUUGCAUUCUAGCUGAUCGGGACAUCUCGAUUUUACCACGAUGGUCCCAAUCAGCCCGACUGAGCUGCCGGGAAGCUUUUACUUUCACUUUAGACACGGCGAUCAAAAUUGAAAGUCUAAAGAGUUAAUGCCGGAGAUCAGCCCGAUUGGCGAUGUUCGGCAUUAGCCACGGGUCCUGGUUGCUUAUAGCAACCAGGACCCAUCGGGUAUGAUGCGCGCUCACCUGCCAUAAAUGUCCAUAUGAGUUAAGGGGUUAAUAGUGUUUUCAGAAAAGAAAAAUACAAAAAAAUCCUGCAAACAAAAUUGCCCAAUUUUUAGAUUUUCUGCAGACUGCUAACACUGUAAUACAAUAUAAGAGAUAAUAUGAUUAUGGUUUAUGAUCGGGUGGGAGAGGGAUGGGAAGGUUGGAAAUUGAAUAGAAUAUGUGCAUUGAAAAUAUUGGAUUUUAAUGUUUAUUUUCUGUACUGGAAAAUCAAAAAAUAAAGAUAGAGUGGAAAAAAAAUGAUGUAGCACAAUACAGUGAUAGGUUGUUUGUUUAUUUGACUAACAUGUAGGAACAGUAAGGAAAUGUAAUGGUAGAAAGCUAUGAAAAUGUAACAAAAAAUGUUUGUUAUUGUUCCAUUAUAUCUAAAAUAAAAAUGAAGUACCUUUGGAAAUCAUCUUGAUUA